AUGUAUUCACCUCCUGCAACUCACUGCCAGCAAUUCACUGCCUGCAACUCACAGCCAACAACUCACCACCUGCAACUCACUGCCAACAUUUUACAGCCUGCAACUUGCUGCCUACAAUUCACUGGCUACAACUCACCACCAACAGUUACCACCUGCAACUCACCGCCUCCAACUCACUGCCAGCAGUUCACCACCAGCAACUCGUUGCCAACAAUUCACUGCCUGCAACUCACUGCCAACAAUUCACCGCUUGCAACUCACUGCCAACAUUUCACUGCCUACAACUCACCACCAACAAUUACCAACUGCAACUCACCACAACUAUUCACAGCUUGCAACUUGCCACCAACACCUCCAAGUAUUCACCUCCUGCAACUCGCUGCCAACAAUUUACCACUACAAACUCAUUGCCAACAAUUCAUUGCCUGCAACUCACCUCCAACAAUUCACUGCCUGAAACUCGCUGCCAGCAAUUCACCACCUGCAACUCACUGCCAACAAUGCAACAAAGCCUACAACUCGCCUCCAAAAAUUCACCGCCUGCAACUCACCACCAUUAAUUCAUUCACCACUAACAACUUGCCACCAACAAUUCCCGGCCUGAAACUCAGCACUAACAAUUCACCGCCUGCAACUCGCCGCCAACCACUCACCACCUGCAACUUGCCGUCAACUAUUCACCACCUGCAACUCGCUGUCAACAAUUCACCGUCUGCAACUCGCUACCAACAAUUCACUACUUGCAACUUGCCAUCAACAAUUCACCACCAGCAACUCACCGCCAACAAUUCACCAUAA